AUGGACGAAAGCAAAUCUCCAAGGGAGUCACAAGACUUGUACAUUCUGGUGACAGGAGCAAAUAGCGGUCUUGGCUUCUCGAUAUGCUGUCGCCUCGCCGAUGAGUUCCUCUCAUCCCACCAUUACGAUGACACAUUGACGAUCAUAUUCACCACGCGCAGUGCUCGCAAAGCCGAAGACACACGUCGUCGCCUUGAAAAGCACCUCCACUCCUCCGCAAAAUCGACCCCCUCCGAUCGCGCCCGCGUCAACUUCGUCUCCGAAAGCGUUGACCUGGGCGACCUCCCCUCGACACGCGCGCUCUCCCGCCGCCUGUGUCAACAUUACCCCAAACUCGAUGCAGUGAUUCUGAAUGCUGGCAUCGGCGGCUGGUCCGGGAUCAACUGGUUCGAGGCCAUCUGGGGAAUCUGUACCGAUCUCGUGCACCAGGUGACAUGGCCGUCUUACAAGCUGGCGCCCGUGGGGGUCUUGACUAGUCGACAGACGCAACGGGAGGAGGAGCCUGCUCUGGGGGCGGUGUUCUGCGCGAAUGUCUUUGGUCACUAUAUGCUGGCGCACAAUGUGGCGCCGCUUUUGAAGAAGGCGAAAUCGCCAAAUGGGCCUGGUCGCGUUAUUUGGGUGUCGAGUAUCGAGGCGACGAUCAAGGCCUUUGAUAUUAAUGACAUUCAAGGCUUGCAGACCAAGGUACCCUAUGAAUCCUCCAAGGCUUUGACCGAUAUUCUGGCCUUGACAUCAGACCUGCCAAGUACCGCUCCUUGGUCUGUCGAGGGGUUCUUCGGAACCCCCUCCAAGGAAGAUCGUGGACCGGACGAAUCAUCCACAGAAGUCACACCAGAGAUGCAUGUCUGCCACCCCGGAAUAUGCGCAACCUCCAUCAUCCCUCUCCCUCUCCCGCUGGUCUGGGCCAUGGUCGCCUCGUGUUGGAUAGCGCGUAUCCUCGGCUCUCCAUGGCACGCAAUAUCCACAUACGUAGCAGCCUGGGCCCCGGUCUUCCUGGCGUUAUCUUCACAGGGAGCUCUUGAAGCGGCCGAAUCCCCGUAUCGCCAAUCAGGCGGGGGCCGGGUCAAAUGGGGCUCAUCCACCAACCGUCUUGGUGCGGAACGCGUGAGCAGCACCGAAGUCGAGGGUUGGGGAUACGGUGGUGUCGUGGGCCGGCCGGUGGUUGAGAGCGAUCGUCUGCGUCGCCGAAAGCGCGGUGCGGUCGAUUUGACCCGGGAAGAGAAGGAGAACUUUGAGGAAUUGGGUCGUGCGUGCUGGAAGCAGAUGGAGCAGUUGCGUAUCAAAUGGGAGGGGAUUCUGGAUCAAGCUGAGCAACGACAGAGCUCGUCCGUUGACAAGCCUACAGGUCUGUGA